GUCACUGGUACGGUUCUACCAGGUUCUACUGAUGUCGCAACGAUUCAAUCUAACCUCCGAAAAAAACUAGCAGCGUCCUACUCGAAGUAACUGUCAGUUCACGGUACGUCAUCGCAAAAAGAUUCGAGUAAGGUUAUUUCGUACAUAAUCGACUUGUAUUAGUUCGUCAACCGAUUAGCGAAUCCACGUCUACGACACAUGGCUAGCAGAUCGUUGUUAGAUGGUAAAUCAUAAAAACUUAAGUACGUCGAAGCCAAGGAUAAGAAUAGUGUCUCAAUCGAAGAAUUGGAACGGUAUUCGCCACGGCUUUCACAGAGAUGGUUGGAUUGGCGGGCGGGGGAGGUCAUCUGUAUCCCUCGCCCCCAAUGCAACCUAAUCCAGAAUUGAGAGAAAUGACAGGAAUCGCUCCCAGUGCCCCGACUAGUGCAGAUGCAUGUUUAAGUAUAGUACAUUCGCUCAUGUGCCACCGUCAGGGUGGUGAAAGUGAAGGAUUCAGCAAACGUGCCAUUGAAUCUUUGGUGAAAAAACUUAAAGAAAAGAGAGAUGAAUUAGAUAGCUUGAUAACAGCUAUUACUACAAAUGGAGCACAUCCCAGCAAAUGUGUUACAAUACAGAGAACUCUUGAUGGUAGGCUACAAGUUGCUGGUCGUAAAGGUUUUCCACAUGUUAUUUAUGCACGAAUUUGGAGAUGGCCAGAUUUACACAAGAAUGAAUUAAAACACGUCAAAUACUGCCAGUUUGCUUUUGACUUAAAAUGUGAUUCUGUAUGUGUAAAUCCGUAUCACUAUGAGAGAGUUGUAUCUCCUGGCAUAGACCCGUUCUUUACAGACCUAUCUGGGCUGACUCUACAGUCGGGAGUAGGCGUGGGACCAGGUAGAUUGGUCAAAGAUGAGUACUCGGUUGGCGGUGGUGGAAGUGCAGCGGCCGGUGCAGUAGGAACUGCAAUGGAUGUUGAUGGAGAAAUGAACCAAACUAUUCAACAUCAUCCACCUGCUCAACCUACAUCAUCCAAUAACACUCAACCCUCUCAACAGAGUUUUAUACCAGGAUUAGCUCCGCCUAAUCCAACUAGUGGUGAGGGUGUGUUUGGCAGUAAUGGGGGAGGGAAUAAUAAUGGUAACCCACACAAUAAAUUGGAUGAGAAUAAUUGCCCCAGGCAAACCUGGAUUCCUACACCUCAUCAUCCUACAACGCGUAACAUUCAUCAUCCAGUAGUACAUCCAAUGAGUCACACCGUAGGUAGCCAACAGCAGUCAUUGAGUUCAUCUGGUGGAGGUAAUGGUGCACAAAUGCUGAGUCCUUCCCAGGGACAAUCUACUGAAACAUUUUAUGGAACAAAUACUCCUCCUCAAGACCUUAACCAACCACCUACUGUUGAUGCAUUAACAGCAUCCUUAGGAGAAGGUCAAAGUUCUCCUGUAUCACCUGUACACCUUCAUCAUCCAAAUGGAUUUCCAGUGGGUACAGCUUCUUACAAUUCAGGAGCACCGCAGUGGACUGGAGCUAAUACUCUUACAUAUACACAAAGCAUGCAACCUCCGGAUCAUAGGCAUCUUCAUCCUACCUCUUUCUGGGGUGGUCAUGGAGGUGAAGUAGGUGGAAACAUUGGUGGUUUACUUUCUACGCAACCAGCGCCAGAAUAUUGGUGUUCUGUUGGCUAUUUUGAGUUAGACACUCAAGUAGGAGAAACAUUUAAAGUAAGCAGCGGUUGUCCUACCGUAACAGUCGAUGGAUAUGUCGAUCCAAGCGGUGGUAACAGGUUUUGUCUAGGCGCAUUGAGUAAUGUACACAGAACAGAACAAAGUGAAAAGGCGCGACUUCACAUAGGAAAAGGAGUUGUGUUAGAUUUAAGAGGCGAAGGAGACGUUUGGUUAAGAUGCCAAAGUGAACAUAGUGUCUUUGUACAGUCUUACUAUUUAGACCGAGAAGCAGGUCGUGCACCCGGUGAUGCCGUACAUAAAAUUUAUCCUUCUGCGUAUAUUAAGGUCUUUGAUUUACGACAGUGUCACAAACAAAUGAGAGGACAAGCUGCUACUGCUCAAGCUGCAGCUGCAGCACAAGCUGCUGCUGUAGCGGGACAUUUGACGCAUGGAGCACCAAUUACUAAAAGUCUUAGCGCAGCAGCAGGGAUAGGCGUAGAUGAUCUCCGACGACUUUGUAUUUUACGUUUAAGUUUUGUGAAAGGCUGGGGUCCCGACUAUCCCCGUCAAAGUAUAAAAGAAACUCCAUGUUGGAUAGAGGUUCACUUGCACAGAGCUCUUCAGUUGCUGGAUGAAGUUUUACAUACUAUGCCAAUAGAUGGUCCCCGCGGAAUUGAAUAAUUUUAUUUUAUUUUGAAUAAUACAAAUGUUACAAAAAAGACAUCACAUUGCUACAAAUUCUACAUCAAGUGUGCAAAAUAUAUAAAAUGCAUACAUAUACGAUAUAAAAAUGUUAAAAACAAUGCGAAUACGAAGUUCAAAAGAAAACAUAGAGUUAUAUUAACCGCGAUUUUCGCUGAAAUUUUUUAUAUAUUUUACACACAUGAUUUACGCGUAGAAUAAAAUGUGUGCCACGGCCUUGCAUUACCGUCAACGUACAAACGUCAUGCAAAGGAGAUAUUAUUUUUGUUCAUGAAAAGUUAUAUUUUAAGAAGAAGGAAUCGUAUCUACAAAAAACAUGCGAAAGUAGGAUGAAAGACUUAUAUUUUAAUAGGCAGCAAAGAUCUGAUUCAAAGGAAAAAAUACAGUUUUCAUGACAUGGUUUAGCGAGCUCAGCAAAAUGCGUGGGUAAAACGUGAUACUUUCGGAAACAUUAAUAGUCAUAAUCUCGUUUUUUGAGAUUAGCUUUGUAAGAUAGCUUAACUGAGAUACAUCCUACUUAAAGAACGAUAAAAUACAAUGUUUAUGUUGAGUAUAACAAGUGAACAAAUGGGUUAUAUGUGUGCAUAGUAGGAAGGUUUUCUGAUGAUGCAAUACAUUUCAAAAUACUGUCAGUAAACAAUUAGUAUAUGUAAGUAUUAUUAAAAAUAUUGUAUAAGUUAUUCUAUGAAUCUAUAGUAUCAGAGAGGUAAUGAUAAUAUACAGUCAGAAAAAAGGAGUAAGGAAAGAUGUUUACAUAGUUGAACAUUAAGGGAGCAAUUGAAUAGUUAAAAAGAAACAUUAGUUGUACUGACAGUAAUUUGGUAUUGUGCUGUUAGAAUAACCUUUUGUGUUGAUUGUUUUAUACUUUACAACCAAAAAUCAUUACAUACUUGCAAUAUUGGGUUCAUAAUGAUAUUUCAUACUUGUUCUUUUUUAUCUUUUUUUUUUCGUAAGAACAUGAAUUAAUUCUGUAGUUAGUAUUAUUAUAAUUAUUAAUAUAGUUGUUAGCGGUGAGACAAAUCUGAAAUCCUUUAAAACGUGGUACGAUCUUGUACUUUGAAAAGUCCAGCAAGAACUGAUCAUGUUUUAUGUGAAUUUUAACUCGCUUGUCUCUCCUCUAAUCAACUACCAAUGUUACUACUAUUACCAUGUAGUACUUGUUGAAUAAUUAUACUUACUGUUUAUCAACCAUUUUAUUAUUCUAUAUUCGUACAAAAUAUUCUUAUAUAUAUGCUAUAUUUGAUAAUAUCAUACAGAGAAAAAGUUGACCAAAUUUUAUACCUACCCAUAUAUAUACAUACAUAUAUAUCUAUGCAUAUGUAUAUGUACGCAUACCAUCAUUAUGUUAUCUUUAUUUACUUUUAGAUAAAGUGAAAAGUUUACUGCUUGUUUUUACUAAUUGAUGCAAAUUAUAGUAUUCUGAAUUUUUGCUUCUUUGUUAUCCUUAAGUAGAGAUUAUUUAGCUGUUUGUGUUCAUGUUGUCCUUGCAUUUCUUACAUUGCACUUAAUCAAGAUCAGUCUCAUUGAUACAAGCGCGAGUAGGAUUUUGUACAUAUAAGCAUAUAUUAUGAGAAAAAAAAAUGAGUUAUUCUUGAUUAAGUGAGCGUUCAGUUAUUUUGAGAUGCUUUAUUCUCAUUAUGUACAGUUAUGUAUUAUGUUGAGUGACAGAAACAAGGUUGAAAAGAAGGAAAUUAAUGUAAUAACAUCGUUUAAGAUACAAUUUAAAAGAGAGAGUGAGAGAGAGAUUGAGAGUUGAUAAAAGAAAGAAAUAAGUUGUAUAAUAACAGAAGGAUGUAGAUUUGUUAAUGAAUAACAAAAUGGAGAAUAAUGUUAUUCACUAAAUCUUUGCAAAGUCUGUAUUUUAUUGAUAAAAUACAUGAUAGAUUGUUUUUAACAUUUUUUUUUGUUUAUACCAAACAAAAAAUGCAGAGCUCAAAUAAAAAGGAAAAGUCGUGUUUAAGCACACUUACCGCCAAGUUCGCUUUAGAAAUACAUGUGCCAUCAUUUUCAUAUAUACCAUACAUGAAAUAACAAACGGGAAUAAGAACUUUUAUAAAUCCUAUAUUUUUACCAAGCUGAUAAAAUACGAAUGCAACACAUGUUUAAAUUGUGGUGCUUCAGUACGUCCUACAUCCAUAGAUUUUACAAAGUUCAGAGACAAAUUUUGUAUAUCUACAAUUAAGCUGAAUUAAUCUUAUGUGAUAAUAUAAGAUGCACUGUAAAAACUGGUACAUUUGAAAUCAAUUGUAGCAUUCACAAAUAGGGUAUAAGAUAAGUAAAAAUAGGCGUAUAAAAUAGAAUCCAAAGCUCAGAAAUUUUACAAUGGAAACUGUUCUGCUAACGUGUUCAUAUGAUACUUCAAUGAUGCCUCUGAACAAUAGUUUCAUACAUACAUUAGAACCAGUAUCAAAGUGCAAUAGCUCUGUCUUAUGUCAAAGAUACCAUAGUUGAUAGUUGUAAAAGUAAUAAAAUGCCUAUGUAACUUAUGUUAAUAAUCGAAAAACAACAAUGGUAAUUUAAUAAGGAAUAUCAUAAUUAUUGCUUUUCUUUUCACUUAUAUCAGAGUGUAUACAAUAUAUCUUGCUAUCUUAGAAAUUUACCGUUUAAUAUUUUAAUACUUAAUUCUAUUGUUCAAUAUUUAAAUCAAGUAAAAAGGUUUGUUAUAUUUAUUUGAUCAUUGUCGAUUAUGUUAGACGUAGCAGUGUAUUUUAAUACAAUGAUUCGUCGUUAAUUAUAGAUUUUGAAACUCAAAGAUUUGUUCUUAAAUUUUAGGAACAUAUACACACAAGUACAUACGAUAAGUAUCAGAAUAGAAUUAUAUCUUAGCAUUGCUAUUCAUAUAAUUCAAGAUAAUUACAUGUAAAGUAACAGAUUACCACUGCUUUUCUACAUUUUACAAAUAAACUGAAGCACAGAUCGUUUAUCAUCAAAUGCGUUUAUUUAAAUUUUCGAGUUUACUUCAAAAAUAGUGAUCUAAUUAUCAUUGUUUUUUCUAAACAAAUUGUGUAUGUUUAAACCAAAGAUAUUCCGAUAAUACGAUUACACCAUAAUGUUACAAGUAUGUACGAAAUGUAAAAGUAAUAAUUCUUAACAAAUAUGUCGCAAUACAUAAUGCAAGUAAAAUCGCAUAUAAACAUUUUAAUCAUGCGGUCGAACACAAUCUCAUUCAGGUAUAGAUUUUCAUGGUGUUAAAGUUACGAUAUUUCAGUGAAUACUACAAAAAUAAGCCUCAUACGAAUUAAUAUCUGUGAUUAUCGUCGAUGCAGGCAAAUUACACUAUUAUAUAAUUUUUACUCGCAAAACAUUGUGUGCGUUUGUAAAACUGUAUAACGAUAAUACAUUAUUAGAUUGUUAAAAUAACAUUUGUGCAGAUGAGUUGCACGGAGUGUAAGGUAUAACAAUAUGGAAAAACAGGCUAAGAAAUCAAAAAAAUGAUUGAUGUCUGUGUACCAUGUUGUAAUGCACGUGUGCUUACCAAAUUUGAAUGAAUGUGUUUAUAAACUUUUUGUUAUUGUACAUUAUAAAUACAUUACAGUAUAUAUGAUCAUUUUCAAUAAACAUAUUCUGUGAAUUAGAACAA